AAUCGCGGAUGAAGAGGGAUUUCUUUUUAAAUCAUGACGUCAGAUCCGGCUCCAGCUCUCUCUCGGUCACCUUUACAGCAAGUAGAAACUUAGCAAACUGACAAAGAAGAUGAAAGGAUUGACGCUUUCAAGUCUCAAGGGACAUCCUUCUUUGAUCCCCUUGUUUGUGUGCGUUGGUACUGGAGUCGCUGGUGCCGCAUAUUAUCUUCUACGUUUGAGUACCCGUAAUCCAGAUGUCAGCUGGAAGCGAGAUGAGGUGAAUGAGUAUCCUUGGAAUGCAUACAAACCAACUGACCAGUACAAGUUUUAUUCACCCAAAAGAGACUACUCGAAGGAAAAGUUCCCAGAAGAAAGGCCUAACAUUUAAUUACUCGAUCCUUGAGUGGGAGAUGCAAACAAGGAGGCAGAUACUUAGUUACUAUGUGUGCUGAUUAUUUGAUUAAGUGGACAGGUAUUUACUAUGCUCAUGUUCAAAACUUUACUAUAAGUUGUUAAAGUAGGCUAUUAGAGCACCUGGCAACUGACUUGUAUGUUUUGAGAUGCAUAAGAGGGCUGAUAUUUUUUAAUCAAGGAUUUAAAAUAUCAUUUAAUCAGCAGCAUGCUCCUUAUACCUUAUCCAUCUGUCAAAUUUCCCAAUAACCAGAGAAAUUGCAUUCUGUUCAAGCAGGAUGUAUACAAGGUACAAUCCUUAAGGCUAUGUAUUAAUAAUUACAGUCAAUCUGAAAAGGCAAUAUGAUUUCGAUUACUGCUUCCAAACAGCACUCCUGUGGCAUUCCUGACAUAUUAAAAUGCUCUAAAUUCUCCACCAAAACCUUUGAACUUUACAUUCAGAUUGCAUUUACAUGGAUUUUUGCCCUUUAUUAAGAUGGCUAAAAACAAAGUUGAAAAUAGUCUUAAACAGUUUGUCUGCCGAACAUGGAUAAUAUUUGACAUUAAAGUUUUGUGUGAACUGAA